CACCCUGCGCAAUAUAACUUUGAUCCUGGGAUUUCUUAAAAUGUCUCUGAAUCCAAUUAAACAUCCCUUCACAUUAAUUUGGAUGCUAAGAAAGGUUUUCCUGAUGUACUAUGGCAGAUGUCAUCAGAAAAAAAUAGAUUUGCUGUUUGCUGUGCAUUUUGUAUUAUUUAUACCAAUAUAACAUCUCAGGAAAAGGACAUUCCUUCAACGGAGUUCCACCAUGAAAACUUGGUCUCGACUGUGCUGAAUCUCUUCCUGGCAGGAACAGAAACAACCAGCUCAACCAUUAGAUAUGCCCUCAGUUUGUUCAUAAAAUACCCAGACAUACAGGAGAAAAUGCAGCAUGAGAUUGACACUGUGAUUGGACAAAGUUGUCCUAGCAUGGAGAACAGGAAGUCCCUCCCCUUUACUGAUGCAGUCAUCCAUGAGGUGCAGCGCUUUCUGGACAUUGUCCCAUUCAGCCUCCCUCACUACGCGCUCCAUGACAUCUCUUUCAGGGGUUACACAAUCCCCAAGGACACUGUGAUUAUUCCUUUGCUUCACUCUGUGCUGAAAGAGGAAAAGCAUUGGGAGACUCCCUGGACCUUCAACCCUAAGCACUUCCUGGACCAGAAUGACAACUUUAAGAAAAAUCCUUCUUUCAUGCCUUUUUCUGCAGGGAAGAGAGCCUGUGUUGGCGAGGCUCUGGCUCGUAUGGAGCUUUUUAUCUUCCUAGUAUCACUGCUGCAGAAUUUCACUUUUUCCUGCACUGGAGGCCCCGACACGAUCGACCUCAAUCCAGAGUUCAGCAGCUUCGCCAACCUGCCUCGCUCCUCCGAGAUCAUCGCCACGCCGCGUUGAGAACAGGAAGUCCAUUUAGACUGAGCCUAGCAUUCUGAGUCGAGGACAACUCGAUAACAUAUAUUGUUUUUUUGUGAUUUUGCACUGUUUGCUGUAAAGAUGAUGUUUGCUGUUACCUGGUGGACACAUACUGUAAAGAUUCUGUAAAUGAUUAUGCAUCCUCUUGUCUUCUGCUUUGGUUGUCUUUCAACAAUUAAACAAAACAAAAAAAAGUAUUUCUGAAAUAUGGAUUUGUAUACAUACACAUGGCAAUAGAUUACUUCUGUAUACCUGUUGGAAAGUCUUUGUUGUGUUUGUGUAUUUACUGAAUUUAGUCCAAGUAAAAUUUCAUUGGAAGAAAAUCUAUCAAACAAGAAAAAAAAACCCAACAACACAUCAAAUAUAUCAUCUCUUUUUUAAAGAUUAUAAAAAUCUCUGCCUUCCAUUGGCAUUUCAAUCAAAGUCAGAUCACUGAACCUUGAAAGAGAUAAGGUACAUUUGAGUCCUUUUCCUUUGACCUUUAAAACGUCUUUCCAGAGGUGGAAACUUUACUUGAGUAUUUCCAUUUAAUUGUUCUUUAAACUUCUACUCCAGUACAUUUAUUAGUCAUCUUUAGCUGCUUUUAACAAAAUGCAUCCCUUCAAAAUAAACUAGCGGACUAACUCUUUAGGCCACAUAAGAGUCCAAUUAUUUAAAUAUUUUACAGAAAGUCAAACAGAACUUUGUUUGUCUACAACAGUAAAAUGCUUUUUAAAUAUAUAUGUCUAUUCUCCUCACUUUACCUGCACUAUCUGAUGUUGUUAAAUGUAAUUUUCCCUGUUGCGGACAAAUAAAGGAUUUGUGA